UCGGACAGUCUCGUGACUAUAUCUCGAACUGUUACAAUCUGUUAAUUUCAGAAAUGUCACACAAUUUAUGACUCUUAAAAGAUUGUAUUAAGCCCACUCCAAAAGGAAGGCAUCUUGUCAACUUAAGUACUUUUUGCACAGAAACUGCAAACUUGACCACAAUGAGUUUUACUCACCUGCGAUCCAGAAUUCAUAGAAAGAAAGAAAAACAUUUAGAUAGGAGACCAUCACCAGCACCAGUACUGGAAGACAAGUUUUAUGACAUAUCUGACACAGUGAGUAUGUGUGACAGUAUAUCGUCUAAAUUCACAGAUGAUGAUGAGAAAAAUGCAUAUGAGGAACACUUAGCUCAGAUACAGGAGCAGCUUGUGUCGGUGAUGAUUGAAAAACAGAAUCUAGAACAAGAACUGAAACAGUAUAAAGAAAAUGUUUCCAAUGAAAAGUUAAGAGAAGAGCUGGAGUCAGAAAAGAAGAGAAAUAAAUCACUUCAGGACCAGCUAAAGAAAAGAUCACCAAAAAUUACAGGAGACUCUAAACAGAAAGUUGAAAGAACAACAAAAUUAAAAGAACAUGCUGAAGAAAGGCAAGUUGAGUUAACGGCUGAUAGCCAAACUGAGCAGCCUCGGUCCAGAUAUGACAGGUUCUUUGAACGUACAUUUGAGGUUGUUUAUGAUGUUUUAGAGGACUUUAAUGAUAUGACCCGGCCAGAAGAUAAGAAGGGUCCACCUGAUGAGCCACUCAGUGUGAAGAGAUUAAAGGAAAACAUUAAACGGUUCAGAAAAGCAGUGAAGCCUAUUACAGAUUCAUGGAAAGGUUUACACAAUAUGUUCAACUGGAAGAAUCGUUCAUACACUCUGUUUGUCUUUCUUAUACAUAUGUACAGUGUGUGGAAGGGAUGGUUUCUGCCUCUUCUGUUCUUUCUUGGUGCAGUUAGAAUGGUUGUCAACUUUUUACAUUUUAAAGGAUACAAGUUCCACUUUGCUUAUUUAGAUCCUGGGGAACCUGAAAAGGAGACAGAUGACAGUCUUGGUUUGUCAGAUAAAUUCAAUCUGGUACUGCUAGUGGCUACCAAAGUCCAGAAUGGCCUAGGUUCAGCUGCUGACAGUCUGGAAAAAGUUAAAAAUUUAUUAACAUGGAGACACCAGCAAGGUUCAAAGUUAGUGCUGAAAAUGAUGUGUGUUGGUUUUGUGGCAUCUGCUGUUUUACCUACCUCAAUCCUUUGGAAGUUCAUAGGUUUAGGGCUUGGGAUCAAGAUAUUUAUAGUUAACUAUAUCUACAACAGAUAUCCGAGGAUCAGGAAGAGAUAUGACUCCAAUUAUAGACUCUGGCUUACAUUGCCUACUGAUGCUGAAUGUGAUAGAAACUUUGUGAAAGCUGAAAUGGAUAAGUAUAUAGUAGUACCGAGAACAGACAGUGAACUGGAAAGAACUUUGCAGGAUCAGUCCUCAGAUUCCGACUCGAGUGAAGAUGAGGACAGUGCUGAGUUCAGGCAGGUGUUUUCCCUACCUGUUACAGAAUGUCCACAGAGAGGAUGGUUAAAAGGAAGGAGGUGUGUUUUGAUAGGAAAGGACAAAUCAAUAAUAAACCUGUUGUCAAAGAAAAGAGGAAAACUUUUUAUUACAAAUAGCUUUCUGUGUUUUGAGAGGGAAAAAACACCGUCUCCUAGGAAUAUUGUGAUACCACUGCAAGAUAUAUUGAAAGUGGAGAAGGUUAAAAUAUACCAGCGAAUGCCAGGUAGAGGAGCGGCAAUUCAAAUAUUGAUAAGCAGUGAAGGGAAGGAAAAAGUCCUUGUAUUUGGUGGAAUCAUUGGUCGUGAAGAUGUUGUCAAGACUAUAAAGCAGUCUAUUGAAAAGGUGAAACAAGAGAGACAGUCAGGUCGAAAGUCAUGUGACAGCAUCAGCAGACGGUCAACAUCCUCUUUAGAAAGUUCAUCUUCAAAAAUACAGAACUUCACAUUCGGUGCUUAUUACGAGGACUCUGAUUCUAAUUGAUGUGUUAUUUUAUUUCACGUUUUUGAAAGUCAGACGUGAUAUCAAGGGAGGGAAGGUUAAACCGGUGAUAGAAGGGAUGGAAGGUCUGGCACAGUGAUAUUUUGUACUUGUAUUUUGUCAGAUUUCAUGAAGUUAAUAUAAAUGUGAAUGUGAUGAUAUAUGCAAAAUUAUUAUUCCUCUUGGGUACAUUGGUCAGUAUUAUUGUACAAUAGUGAAAUCAGAUUUUGAACUGCCCUUUGGCAACACUCAUCCAAAAGAUAUAAGUUUGUAAAUUGAUUCUUGGUGUGUUGAAGGGCUUAGAAAUGUAUUUUUAUCGUAUUGUGAUGUUUUCUAACUUCGAAAAAAAUUUGGUACUAUAUCUUGACCAUACAUUGCCCUUGUUCUUCAGAAAAAUUGUAUAUUUACUUUUGAUGCUAAAACUUCAAUUUGUGCAUUUUAAGGUGGUACUUCCUUCCAUCAUCUGCAGAAAUACUGAAUAAGAUAGCUAUUUAGAAAGGUGCUAAAAAUCAUGAGAAAAUCCAGAACUUGGAUUGAUUGGAAUGGCUUUAAUAAAAAAAAAAAACAGUAGGUAUUGAAGUAGUUAUAUCAGUGACCUUUUUCCUGUUUCAAAU